GUAUUUGUCGGCGUUGUUUGGUUAGGUUAACUACAAAAAGGUCGAUUAAUAUUGUAAUUUUAAGUGUUUUCUACUCGCAUUUACAAUGGUUACUGUGGAUUACGUUCCCCAAGUCCUAAAAGAAUCCGUUCGCGUCGAAGUACCGAACGCCAACGUUUUGGUUAUAGGUGCUGGUGGUAUAGGAUGCGAAAUUUUAAAAAAUUUAGUUUUAUCCGGGUUUCAAAACAUAGAAAUAAUUGAUUUGGAUACAAUCGAUGUGAGCAAUUUGAACCGGCAAUUUUUGUUCAGAAAAGAACAUGUGGGUAAACCGAAAGCCGUUGUGGCUAAGGAGAGCGUUCUCGCAUUUAAUCCUAAGUUGAAUAUAAAAGCAUAUCAUGACAGUAUUACUACAACUGAGUAUGGAAUUAAUUUUUACAAAAAAUUCCAUUUAGUUUUAAAUGCCCUAGAUAAUCGUGUGGCUAGAAACCAUGUUAAUAGGAUGUGUUUAGCAGCUGAUGUUCCCCUCGUUGAAUCGGGAACUUCCGGUUAUUCGGGCCAAGUCGAAUUUAUUAAAAAAGGAUUAACUCAAUGUUACGAAUGCGAGCCAAAAUCAGCGCAGCGUAGUUAUCCUGGUUGUACCAUUCGAAAUACACCUAGUGAACCUGUGCAUUGUAUUGUUUGGGCCAAACAUCUUUUUAACCAAUUGUUUGGAGAAGCCGAUCCUGAUCAAGAUGUUUCCCCCGACACUGCUGAUCCUGAAGCAGUGGGAGAUGCAGGAGAUAAAGCACUCAAUAAAGAUAAUGAGACUGAGUCGGGGAAUGUUAAAAGAACUUCAACGAAUCAAUGGGCUAAAGAUAUAGGUUAUGAACCUUCAAAGUUGUUUAAUAAAUUUUUUGAGGACGAUAUUAAAUAUCUUUUGACAAUGGAUAAAUUAUGGAAAUCAAGAAAACCCCCGAAUCCAUUGUCAUGGUCGGAAGCGGCAUCUCACGAAGGCGACACCUUGCAGACAAACGAUCCGAAAAGGGAAGAUAUGGAAGUUUGGAGUGUUGGAAAAUGCGCAAAAGUUUUUGCAUCAACAGUUUCCACUUUAAAAGAUGAACUUGUUAAUAAAAACUUUUUAGUUUGGGAUAAGGAUGAUAAACCAGCCAUGGAUUUUGUUACAGCUUGUGCUAAUAUAAGGGCACAUAUUUUUACUAUUGGGCAAAAAUCCAGAUUUGACAUAAAAUCUAUUGCCGGAAAUAUUGUCCCAGCUAUCGCAACAACAAACGCAAUGGUAGCCGGAUUAGCAGUUUUAUUAUCCUUCAAAAUCUUAUCCGGAGAUUUGGAAAAAUGUUACACAACAUACGUUCGUCAAAAAUCAUCCGACACCCGCACAGUUUUAGUAACAGAAAACAUAUUAAUUAACCCCAAUCCAAAAUGUUACGUAUGCUCCCCAAAACCAACCGUUAACGUCUCCGUAAACGUGAAUCAAAUGACCGUGAAAGAAUUCGAAUCGGAAAUUCUUAAAAAAUCAUUAAACAUGAUAGCCCCAGACGCUAUGCUCGACGGCAAAAAUGUCGUGAUUAUUUCAUCGGAGGAAGGCGAAACGGAAUCAAAUAACGAUAAAGUUUUAUCGGCUUUGGGGAUUGUCGAUGGGAGUAUACUUAAAGUUGACGAUUUUUUACAAAAUUACGAAUUAACUGUUUAUGUUAAUGAUUAUGUGGCGAAAGAAAAAGACGAUCCACCUUACGUGGUUCAUAAAAACGCUGAGGAUUUACAACCCAAAGAAGAAUCUGCCGAGAACGGUGACAAAAACGGAGUUGGACAAGAAAAAAUGGAAACUAACGCCGAUAAGGACGAUGAAAAUGAUGUUCAAUUUGUUGAAUUUAACGAUUAUGACCCUCAAGAAGGUUCAUCUAGUAAACGGAGAAAAAUUGAAGUAUCGAAUGAUGAAGACGAUGAUCUUAUUAUGUUGGAUGAUUAAAUUUCAUUUUGAUUAAAGAUUUGUAUUUAUUU